AUGGCUCUUGCAUUGAGUGUUGCCCUAGGCUUGGGCUUGGGUGCAAGCCAAGUGAGCGCCAGCCCAGUAAAAGCCACCGGCUUGGAGCAGAUUGAGCAUGUCGUCCUCUUCAUGCAAGAGAACCGAGCUUUCAACCAUUAUUUUGGAACAAUGGCCGGUGUAAGAGGUUUCAAUGACCCCAACGUUCAGGUCAAUUCCGAUGGUCGCUCCGUUUGGUACCAAAAGGUCGAUUCGACCUUAUCCAAUGCGACCGAUUACCUCCUGCCAUGGUAUCUCAACUACCUAGGCGGAGACUGGUCAGAGGCCACUCAAUGCAUGGUUGCAGGAAGUAACGGUUAUAGAUCCAAUCAAUUGGCUCUCAAUGGCGAUCUCAACAACCAGUGGGCCACCCACAACACCCCUUGGAGCUGGGGUUACUUCAAGAGAGAAGAACUCCCCGUUCACUUUGCCAUGGCCGAGGGAUACACUAUCAGCGAUAUGUAUCAGGAAGGUCAGAUCACGGCGACUAACCCCAACCGUGCGACUUGGGUUAGUGGAACGAUCAAUGGUACUGGUGCUGUUUAUAUUGACAACAAUGAAACUCCUGGUUGUGAAACCGGAGCACACGGAGCAUUUUCCUGCUAUCCCCUUACAUGGGAGACAACAUUCGAGAUCUACGAACGCCUCAAUGUGUCGUGGCAAGUAUGGCAAAACACCAACAACUAUGACGACAACCCAAAUGCCUGGUUCAAGCAGUACCAAGAGGCUGCCUCCGACUCUCCUUUGUACAUUCACGGUAACUCUUACCAGUACAGUCUUGAUGACUUUGUUGCGGCGGCGGCCGCCGGUACUCUCCCCCAAGUGAGUAUCAUCAUCGGACAGGAACAGUUGUCGGAACACCCCCCUUGGCAGCCCAAGGAUGGAGCUUGGUUGCACCAGCAGAUCUUUGAUGCCGUUGUCAAGAGUCCCAAGUACGACUCCACCGCGUUGUUCAUCUCUUACGAUGAAACUGGCGGUUGGGGUGAUGCUGUUGUCCCCUUCCACUCCCCCGCCGGAACCAAAGGUGAAUGGAUCGAAGAUCCCCUUGGUGUCUUCGGCCAAACCUACACUGGUCCUGGUUUCCGUGUCCCCUCCUGGAUUGUCUCACCCUGGACUCGUGGUGGACGAGUUUUCGGCGAGCACUGUGACCACAACUCUCAGAUUCUGUUUAUUGAGAAGUGGCUCGCAGCCAAGGGCUACAACAAUGUUGAGCUCAAGGGCAUGGAAGCUUGGCGCCGUGAGAAUAUGUGUGAUUUUGUCAAUGCUUUUGACUUUGCCAACCCUGAUUACAGCAUUCCCCAAGUUCCUACUGCCGAGGCUCCUCACACUGACUCCAAAGGCAACUUUGAUGGUACCAGCCGCUGUGAAUCAACCUUCUCCUCUACCAGACCACCAGUGCCAUACGGCAAGCAGACUCUUGAGGAUUCCUUGUAUUUCGAAAACGGAUUCAAGCAGGUUAUUGGUUCUUUGACCGAGGGCCGCUAUCUCACCUUUGAAUCAAACGGCUAUGCCUUGACCAACCCUGCUUCUACCAAGGGCAAGGGUACCAAUGCUCUCACAGCAACCAAGACCACAUCCAAGCACGACAGCAAGGACCAGCGCUGGGUCAUCCAUGGUUCCCACGGCACUUUCCAGAUUUCAAGUGCCCUCGACGGACAAUUCAUUGGAAAGAACGGCAAAUUAGUCGCUGCCAGUGAGCAAGCAAAUUCCGCUGCCAACUUCGAGAUCACAUUUGAAGCUGGAAAGGGCUAUAGUGUGCAGUACAUCGGUGGCAAGUACUUGACCAUCAAGUCGAAUGGAAAGGUGGACAAUUCGGGCAACAAAGCGGCUGGAUAUGAGGUCUACAGUGUGUCGUAUCACAACUAG